AUGUCCGCCUGGAAGAAAGCGUCAGGACUCUUCAAGAAAAAGAUGAUCCCUCCAGGUAUUCAUCUCGACUUGCGCCCCCAUCAGACACUUCAUUCUCGGUAUGAGAUCGUCGAGCGACUAGGCCAAGGGCGAUACUCGACGGUGUGGUUGGCAAAGGACAACAAAAUGGGCACACGGCUGGCCAUCAAAGUCCUCACAAGCGAAGCCAGCGAGUACCAAGGCACCUACACUUACGAGCUCGACGUACUCCAGAAGCUCGCGAAACGCCGGAGUCGGCUGUGUGCCAAUGUCCCGACAUUGCUUUAUCAUUUCCGCGCCGAAGGAAGAGACAGCGAGCACCUCUGCCUUGUCACGAAGGUUCUGGGAGCGAGUCUCCUAGAUGUCCAGCGCACUUUCGAUGGACGCCGCGUACCCGCGCCUCUGGUCCGUCAUGUUACGCGCCAUAUCUUGCGCGCUCUUGCUUGUCUACACGACGCGAACAUCGUGCACACCGACAUCAAACAGGACAACAUCAUGUUCGAUAGCUACGGCGUCGAGUCGCCCAAUUAUCUCGAUGCGGAGGCGGUAUUGAGCGACUACGGUACAGCCACGCCCGAACGAGGAGACCAUCGGCGCGAAAUCCAGCCAGUCGCGCUGCGUUGCCCAGAAGCUCUCCUCGGCUGUGAAUGGACUGCGAAGGCAGACAUAUGGAAUUUAGGAUGCAUCGUCUUCGAGCUCUUGAGCGGCACUCGACUCUUCCGCCCUCAACCCCAAGAACGGUCCGAUGGCUCAGGAACGAUUACCGCCGACCAAUACCACUUCGCGUUCAUCUACUCACACUUACGCACCGACGACGAGAGCAAUGGCCGCCUGAUGAACUUUUUCUAUGCCGAUGGCGAUCGGUUCGACCAUUUCUACAGUCUAGAUCCUCCCAGAAUCAAAGUUACGAGUACGCGCGAAACACUGGAAGAUGUGCUACGUUCCUAUGGCCUUUUCACCCCCGAACUCCACAGUUUCCUGAUGUAUAUGCUUCGAAUUCAUCCCGAUGAUCGCCUUCCUGCGAAGGAGCUACUCGAACAUCCCUGGAUUACUGUGUAG